UUCUGCGUGAAUUGUGACUUUGUUUCAAACCGAACGCGGCGACAAGUGCACGUUUCUCUGCCUGCGCAUUCACGUACGCAUACCAAUUGUUAACGUACUCGUUAACUGUUGUGUAAAAACGAAAACAAUAUUUCUUUUUCCCCUCCGACUUCUUGCUGCGGAGUUUUGUAAUCGAUUCGAUCGAGUGAGGACUUUCACGAUUUCUCUUCAACACAAUUUUUUUUUUCAUUCUUCGUCGCCCCAGCAAAAUAUUCCUGUGCUAUUCUUCCGUGAAACGGAGGUGAAAAAAAAAAUCAAGCCGCGUGAACGAAACCGAAUUUCAAAGUCGAAAACGGAAAGAAAACGAAGUUUCGUCCAAUCCUGUUUUGACGGACGGCAGUUCGACUAGCAAACCAAAGGCAAAAGACGACAGGCGCGCGCAAGCAAUUCGGUGUGUGCGCCGCUCAAUGAUCAACAGCCCAGCGCUCAGACGUCAAAACGGCAGCCAAAGCACAUCCAGCGCUCUCAGCGAUUCCGGCGUCGCCGUGGAAUCAUGUCCUUGAGCCGCACUGUCGGCCGAGGACGACGAUGAACGGUUCGCUCUACGACGAAACUCCGGUGGUGGGGUCGGCUGGUGAUCAACACCGACGAUCAGCAAUAGCGUCAGGGGUAGCAUCUCAACAACAACAGCAACAGCAACAACAACAACAGCCAUCAGCAGGAGGUUCGGCGAGUUCGUCAGCGAACGGCAACAACGCAAGAGGGGAGCAAUCAUCGGGCCAGCAAGAAGAUUCAAACAACCAAAAUCAUCAAUUGUCACCUUCGGCCGGUGGGGGCAGCUCGAGCGGAAGUUCCGGUCCGUUGCACAUUCCGGCUAAAAGACUGGCGGUCGGGCAGACAGCAACCGGUCCCGGAGCCUCAUCCUAUCCGGGACAUCACACUCAUCAUCACGUGACUCAUUCGCACCACGACCCUAACGGCGGAGGAGUCGGUGGAGGUGGAGGGGGAAUCAACGGCGACUCUAGCGGCGCCAGUAGUCUGCUGCGCGCCCAACCUUGGCCGUACAGCGUCGGCGACGUGCAAGGUCACUCGGCCGGCUCAUUCGACCCUCAGUCCUACAGUCCGAGUUUGGUCCGCGACGGAAUGGCGGCAGCGGCGGCGGCGGCUUAUUACGGCGCAGAUCGAGCCAAAGCGGCACUCAGCUUUUGGCCGAGCGAUUACGGGAAAUAUGGAGCGGCGGCAGCAGCGGCAGCGGCCGGCCCAUCGGCUGGCCUACCCACCUCGGCCGAAGCGGCGGCCAGCGCCCAGUUCAACGCCCAGGCGGCUUGGUGCGGAUACGCCGGAUACGGCGGCCGCGUACCAGAACCGCACGGACUCGGCCCGACUCCCGGCCAGCCCGGCAUGGGCGUUCCAGUCUCGGUAGCCGGUUAUUUGGCCGCCGAAGCGCACGAAGCCCGACGCGGCGCUAUGGACGCCGCGGCUGCCGUCGCCUGCGGCUUCCCCCACGACAGCUACGCCGGACUUCGAGGCUACGGUCCCGGUCCGGAUGGCAUGCCGCCAAGCGUCUACGGCCCUGGCUCUUUGGGGCCGAAUCCGCUGGAAUGGACGGGACAGGUGACUGUGCGCAAGAAGCGGAAACCUUACUCGAAAUUCCAGACGCUGGAACUGGAAAAAGAGUUCCUGUUUAACGCCUACGUGUCGAAGCAGAAGCGCUGGGAAUUGGCGCGCAAUCUCAACCUGACGGAACGUCAAGUCAAGAUCUGGUUCCAGAAUCGGCGGAUGAAGAACAAGAAGAACAGCCAGAGGCAGCAGGCCGGCAACGCCAACAGCAGCGGCGCCAACGCCAACAACGCCGGCCAUCACAACAGCAGCCACCACCACCACCAUCAUCAUCACGGGCCGCCCGACGGUCACCACCACCACCACGCCGGACCCAUCGGACCGGCCGUUCACAAUGGCGGUCACAACAUCUGCUCGGCCAAGUGACGCCAUCCCUCUGCAGCCGCAGACAACAACCAAUUCCUCCUCUUGUAAAAAACAAACAAAAACAAUGCGAAAGGUCUUGCAACAAUUUCAAGGCCUGGAACAUUCAAAAUUGGAAGAGGAAGAUGGGAUCUGUAGGAACACGUCAGGUCCGUAGUUUUUCUUAAGAAGACAACAAAGAAAACGAAUCAUUGAUUUUUGUUGUUAUCUCCGAAUUAUUAUUAGACACCACUUUUUAUAGGCGCUACCUCGUUCUAGAAGCUCUUCCUUCAUUUUUUGUUUCCGCUAAAAAUUAUGAUAGCAAACACGCAAAAAAUGUCGUUUCUUUUGUUUCCCAUUUUUUUUUUUUUUUUUUUUUUUUUUUUUUUUUUUUUUUUUUUUGGUUUUAUCGUGUUUGUUAACACUUUUAUGUCUCAAAAUGUCGCUGGUUAUUGUAAGUGUAUCCCCUUUUUUCUUAAAUCCUCUAUAUUCAUUUAUACUCCCUUAUUAUUUUUAAAGAUGAUUACUAUACUACCAAGAAAUCAUAUUCUCUCUCUCCCCCGCCCGUCUUCAGUUCUCUCAAAGAUUUAAAAAGAAAAAAAAGCGAGAGAGAUGAUGAUAAUGAGUGUAUGUAUACACCUCAGGUAGUGUUCCUAUAGGUAGCUAAAAGCCCAAGAAUGUUAUUUUCCCCCCUCAAUUUUUUUUUCUUCUUUAAAUUCAUCUCCAAUUAUUUUCUAUUCUAUUUGACUCGUUACCCUCCUACACUUUUUUUUUUUACACUAUAGCGACAUUUAUCGUUCAUUUGUUUUUUUAUAGAGAGGGAGGAGGGCAUCUUUUUAUUAUUUACCUUUUUACCUGAUACAAAAAUGAAAUAUCCCCCUGGUGGCAUUAUUGUGCGUGUCGCCAUUUUGCGUUUUCGUGUUUUGUGUCUGUUUUGUGUCAGUCUGCUAAAGUUUGUUUUUACGUGCGAGAGGGGUUGACCGAACGUGUAGAACGCCAGACUAUUUAAAUAUUAAGCCAUCCCUCUCAAUCGUUUCCUUUUCUUCAUCGGUCAACUCAUCCAAUUUGUUUUUGUUUACCUCCCCAAUGACAAUCCCAAAGAUGGAGGAGAGAAUCACAAUCCCAGUGGCAAGUUUUUUUUUUUCUUUUCUAAAGUUAAUUUUUUUUUCCCCCAUUUUCGUGGCUACCCAAACUCACACAGGCCCAAAAGGUGGGGGGAGGGUUACAUGAAAAACACACGCGCAGUGAAAAAGACAGAAAACAAAAAAUCCGAAUUAUUAUUAGUUUUCUUCGAUUCUUAUUUUUUUUGGUGAUUGACACAAAUCGUUUUUGCGUUUCUACACUUCCGGAGGAUGGGUAAGAUAUUUUCUCACGGUUAAUGAUUAUUUUUUUUUGUUUGUUAAGAUGCUCAAAAGAAAAAGAAAAAAAAAGAAUUUUGGGGGGAGGAAAUGGUGAGGGGUUGCAAACACCACACGAUUUCCAUAUCGGCAAUUGUUUUCUUCUUUGACCUUGUUUUUUUUUUCACCUUUUCUCGUUUUCUUUGCUUGAAGUUUGUGUGUCUCAUCUUUGAAAAAAAAAAAAAACGUGGAAAUUCACUCAAAAAGUUGAUUGAUUCGGUUCUUUUUUGUACCGGUGAAGUGGAAUCUCCAAUUCUUUUUAUUAAAAAACAAUUCUUUUUUCUUAACAACCUGAAAAAAUCUAAGCGUGUCUGCUAUGUUGGCGUGUAUUAGUUAUACUUGAAUGUGUGUGUACAUCAAAUGAAUGUAAAACUUA